AUCCUGUUAUCCAAUAUUAUUAGUGCGAGCAAUAGGUUUCAUUGUUCAAAUGUAGAGUACUAAAUAAUUUAGGUGAUAAUACUGCUGUAUAUGGAUUGUCUACGUAUGGGUAUAAGUCUGUAUUUGUGCAUGCAUGUCUAGAUUGUAUUUAUUUGCAGUGCUUGAACUCGUUACUUAGCUAUUCGGGACUGUAACCUUCUUCUUCUUCUUCUUCUUAUUUAUUAUUUUGUCACAUAUGCGUAGUUUUCAAUUCCUCAGACCAAAUUGUGAAAUUAUUGUAUUAUUGCUUUUUGGUUAAUUAUAAGUGAAAUGGUUCUAUGUAUUAUAAACCAGGGUUUGGAUUUAUUCAAAUGCUUGUUUUUUUUUUCAUGGGCACCGGGUGUCCGAAAACAAACUUCCGACUAAUCCCGUGGUGCACAAGUUCUUGGCAAAGAGUUUCCCGCAAGUGAAUACCUUAGGUUCUUUUACAGCUCGACCCAUUCCUCAAUGAACUCACUAGCAUGUUUGAGCGCAGCACCGAGAAGGGCUCUGUUUGGGUUACCCUUAAGCGAUCAUCCUUGAAGUCUAAGGUGCAGAGGAAUAAAAUGGCAACUGCUGGUGAAACGAUUGAGUAUAGAUGUCUUAUUCGUGCAACUGAUGGGAAAAAGACGAUUUCUACUUCAGUUGGAGCAAAGGAUCAUCAGCGUUUUCAAGCUUCGUAUGCAACCAUACUCAAGGCCCACAUGACAGCUCUAAAGAAGAGGGAGAGAAAGGAUAAGAAAAAGGCUGCAGAGAGUGAUAAGAAAGAAGGGGUUGCGAAGAAGCCUAAGAGGGUGUAAAUAACUCACCCUUUAAAUGUAGUCUCCUCUUUUGUUAAAAACACAGGAAAAAAAUUAAAUAACAAAAAUUGUUUCAACGUUGAGCAAGUACAGGGAUUGAAGAAUGCGGGUUUUUGUUUGAUUGCCCUUUUUUUAGAUCUUACCUUGUAAUUGACGAUAUUCUCAUGAUCCGAUUGCAUUGAGAACUUGAAAGACUUUGCAUUGAGUCAUUUAUAACUUGUGUUUGAAUGAAUGCCAAAUAUUGAUUGGAUAUUUUGGUUUCA